AUGCUAAGAUAGCUUGACUUAAGCCUUCAGGGUCUUAUGCAGCCAAGUACAACAAUCGAUUAGAGACCCGGCCUCGUCGUCUUCUUCUUUUUUCCCCCCUUUCUCGCUCAAAUAUUCCAUGCACAUAUUGCAAUAUUGAAUGCUCGGCCUGCGGCGGUACAAGGAAGGGAUGAGAGGAAGGACACGCCCCCACUGUUCCUCGGAUAUCUAGGAUAUAGAUGAUGAUGAUGGUCGUGCUGCACAUACAGCACGCGCACAUUUCCACAUAGAGAAUAAAAAAGCGUGCACAACUAUAAGGGGGGAAAUAGAAUAAAACUCGCAAUGACAAGCAAAGGAUUUCAAUCGCUAUGCGGCUUGGCUCCACUUAUAUAUAUAUAUCUUCCGAUCCAUGUGCUUUAUGCUUCAUUAUGACAGGGCAAGGCCAGCGAAAUAGUGGACAGGCAUUGCGCAUACGCCGCGUUGUGCGACUGCCAGUGCGAGUGCUCAGCGAUGCGGAAUCGGAGCGGCAGUAAAAAAUCGCUGCCGUAAAUCGAAUAAAACUGCAGCAAACGCUAUUAAAUUUUUUCCGCUUUACUCCAACAACUGCA